GAGCCGCGGGAGCCGCGACAUGGCGGCGGCCGGGUGCGGCGGGAGCCGGGCGGACAACGGGUACGGCGGGCAGCAGGCGAGGCGCAGGAAGGGCCCCGGUGCGCUGGCCACGGGCUACCUCGUUAUCUACAACGUGGUGAUGACGGCGGGAUGGCUUGUUAUUGCAGUUGGUCUCGUUCGGGCAUACCUGGCUAAAGGCAGCUACCACAGCCUUUACUAUUCAAUAGAAAAGCCCCUGAAAUUCUUCCAAACUGGAGCGUUGCUUGAGAUCCUGCACUGUGCACUUGGCAUUGUUCCCUCUUCUGUUGUUCUGACUGCUUUCCAAGUGAUGUCAAGGGUUUUCCUGACAUGGGCAGUAACACAUAGUGUAAAAGAGGUACAAACUGAAGACAGUGUCCUCUUGUUUGUAGUGGCCUGGACAAUCACUGAGAUUAUCCGCUACUCCUUUUACACAUUUAGCUUGUUAAACCAUCUCCCUUAUCUCAUCAAAUGGGCCAGGUACACUUUGUUUAUAGUAUUGUAUCCAAUGGGAGUCUCAGGCGAAUUACUCACAAUAUAUGCUGCAUUACCCUUCGUCAGGCAGUCUGGCUUGUAUUCCAUUAGUUUACCUAACAAGUACAAUUUUUCUUUUGACUACUAUACGUUCUUGAUCCUGGUUAUGAUCUCUUACAUUCCAAUCUUUCCUCAGCUGUAUUUUCAUAUGCUACACCAGAGGCGAAAGGUACUCUCCCACACUGAAGAACAUAGGAAGUCGGAGUAAUUCCAACACUUUUUCAGAACUUUUCAAACAUCAAAAUGCUGCAGUUUUUCAAUACCCAGCACAUUUGUAAAGAAUAUACCAAGAUAAGUCUGAGGUAAAAGACCAAUAAUUUAGCAAGAAUAACCAAUAAAUCUGAUUCCACUGAAAUCCCACAGUGUAAAACAUUGAAAUAUUUUCAGCUUACAGUGCUUCAGAAAACUUUUAAACUUUAUAUGGCUUGGCAGUUAACAUUUUCCUUAAACGAUGUGCUAAAUGAUUUUCAUUUAUUAUUAAAUGCCUGAAGGUUGCAGUAUGAGUGAUGAAGUUGUACUCACUAAAUGCCUGAAUUGGGAUUAUAUUACCAAUACCUCUUUUUUUUAAGUGCUUGACUGCAUGCCAGAAACUGUAUGUAUGGCUGUGAAAGCAAACAAUAUGCUCUGGAAUACUUCAGGAUAAUGUCAGAGACUUCAGUGGAGAAUGUAAUCUGGCCAAAGUGUUUGAAUUUAGAAAGGUAGGUUGUGUAUUUAGAAGGUGACGGGAACAAGAACAAGAAACCAAUUACGGGAAAUAAGGGGAAUGUAGUUCUUUAGGAAUUUAAACAGUACAGUGUCUGACCAGAGUGUGUUCUCUGAAGAUCUUGUUUAAGCUGAGUACACAAAUGCAAAUGUUGAUUCAGAGGCUGUAAUGCUUAUCUGAAACAUUAAAACUCCUUAUAAGUACUGCAUCCCUGGAUACUUUUUUACAUAUUAAAAAAAAUUAAAAUUAAUACUAACUGUAAUAUUUCUAGUGAUACCAGUAAUGAAUCUAAACAAGAUAAGGAGGCAAGUCACCAGAAAUGUGUGCAAUUCUCCCUCUUUUACUUUAAAUUAUCAUCUUUAAUCACUGUCAGUGAUACUCAUCUUUCAGUGCGGAGGACUAUUUGGUCUGCUGUGGAGUCAUCUGGGGGUCUUGUUUCUCAGCCUAACUUUUCUUAAAUGACUGGUGUGUAUCACUGUGGCACAUUCAACCAGGCAGUUCCAGGCACUCAACUUCUGAAGUGUUGCAAAGUCAUAAGCUGCUCUUUUGAAAACAGAUUAUCUCAUGUGUUACAUGCUGCUUUUGCAGACUGGACAAGCCUUUCGUCAUCUGUUCUUUUGAAAGAGCGGAAGAACACAAAGUUAUAUUUUUCUCGGUGCUUCUUCUGGGUUCUCUGGCUUAGCUUUCCCUUGGGAAGGUAAAACAGAGAACAAAAAAGCCUUGUAGUGAGGCAGAAAGCACUAAUGCUGUGUGAGCAGUGCCCCAGGUUAUUAAGAAACUUUUGACGGGGCCAAAAGGGUAGGGAAUGGAAGGGGCAAAGGGAGCAGGGAAAUGAACAGAUACCCAAGCAAAGA